CCCCCCCCCCCCCCCCCUCAAAUAGAAUCCUAGGUUUGUUCAAGCUAAUUACUAUCGUCAUCAUUUCGCUCUUUAUACAUAUAAAUGCGUAGAUGAGUACAUACAUGGAUGCAGAAAUUCAUUAACAUGUUUGUUCAUGUAUUACGAGAUGGGUUUUGUAAAGGAAGAAGAUUGUUGUAAUUUCUUGAUUUUAGUUUGGAAAUAUGGGUUAUUUGAUGGUUUUUAGGUUUUCACUGCAUUUUAGUAACUUUUUUUAUUUUAUUUUGUUUUUCCUUUGGUUAAAGAUCUCAGCUUUAUGAGGUUUAUGUUGUAAUAUAUAGUACAUUCUCAAUCUAGGGCUUCUUUUCCAGAUCCCCAAUUUUUGUCAUCCAUGCAUCACUCGCCAAGGAAAAGAGAUUUCAGAAUGUGGAAGCAGAUUUUGAGUAAACUCCCUCGCAAAUCCGCAAAAUUGGAUGCGGAUUCGGCAAGAACCCCUAAUUCUGGCAUCAAUAUGUCAUCCCCUGGCUCAGGCCGGCCUAAUGCUGCUAGCCCUGCUGUUAAACGGGCUGCAAUUUUCCCUGCCAGUCCAAUUGCCGGCAUCGAACCAUUGCUGGCAUUUAAAGAUGUACCAAGCUCUGAAAAAAUGAAUCUUUUCAUCAGUAAGUUGAGCCUCUGCUGCGUGGUGUUUGACUUCACAGACCCUGUGAAAAACACCCAAGAAAAGGAGCUCAAACGAGCCACACUGCUUGAGCUUCUCGAUUUUGUAUCGCAGAAUUCCACAAAGUUCUCGGAGCCUGCAGUUUUAGCUGCAUGCAAAAUGUGUUCCAUUAAUUUAUUUCGUGAUUUCCCUCCUAGUUAUCGGUCGAGUAACACCAAUUUAGGUGAAAACGACAAUGACUCCGAGCCAACAUUUGAUCCUGCGUGGUCUCACCUGCAAAUUGUGUAUGAUUUCUUUCUCAAGUUUGUGACUUCACCGUCACUGGAAGCAAAGGUCGCAAAGAAGUAUAUAAACCAUUCCUUUAUUACAAGGACUAUUGACUUGUUUCAUUCUGAGGAUCCCAGGGAAAGGGAUUGUCUAAAAGCAAUUCUGCAUAGGAUUUAUGGGAAGUUUAUGGUUCACCGGCCAUUUGUAAGGAAGAGUAUGAGCCAUCUGUUUUACAGAUUUGUGUUUGAGACCGAGAAGCAUAAUGGGAUUGCAGAGUUAUUGGAGAUUUUUGGGAGUGUGAUUACUGGAUUUGCUUUGCCGUUGAAGGAAGAGCAUAAGAUUUUUCUUUGGAGGGCAUUGAUUCCGCUGCACAAGCCAAAGUCACUGGGGGUUUACUUUCAGCAGCUGUCAUAUUGUGUGACACAGUUUAUAGAGAAGGAGCCAAAGUUGGCCGGUGGCGUGAUUAAGGGUCUAUUGAAAUACUGGCCAAUCACAAAUAGUCAGAAGGAGGUAAUGUUCUUAGGUGAGUUGGAGGAGAUUCUGGAAGCAAUUAACAUGGCUGAUUUCCAAAAAGUCAUGGUUCCAUUAUUCUGGCGGAUUGGACAAUGCAUCAGUAGCUACCAUUUUCAGGUAGCCGAAAGGGCUCUGUUCCUAUGGAACAAUGACCAAGUUAUCAAUCUAAUUGCACAUAACCGGCAUGUGAUUCUGCCCAUUGUACUCCCGGCUUUAGAAAGCAAUGCUCAAAACCACUGGAAUCAGGCUGUGCUCAACUUAACCUUAAACGUAAAAAAGAUGUUCUCUGAAAUGGACGAUGCUCUGGUCCUGGCUUGCAUUUCCAGUUACAAUGAGGAACAAGAAAAGCUAAACUUUGAAGUCAAGAAGCGGAAGGAAGCGUGGGAGCUCUUGGAGAAUGCUGCCAGUCGCCAGCCAAUAGCUGGAAACACUGCAGUUCUUGUAACUCCUUGAACACUACGAAAUGUUCUGUUUGUGUGUGCGCUCACCUAUUUUGGUUGUUGGGGGGACCUUAAGAGUUGGGAUGGUCAUGGAUGUCGUCGUGCAUGCUCAAUACAUAGUAUUGGAAAGGACUGGACGACAAGCUUCUUUUUAUCACUUGCUGUUUCAGUGCUGUCCAAUCGUCCUUACCGAACAUGCAUGGAUUGUUUUGGAGGAUCCAUCGAUAACCUGUUGUAACAAAAUCUAAUCUGAUGCUGUUUAAUUAUGUUGUUUUCCCCUGAAACUGAUGGAUGGGAAGAGUCCUGUAUCCUUUUCCCCUUGAUUGAAUGUACAUUUUCCUUAUUCCUCCUUGUUUGUUCGGAUUAUUUUUUGCCUCUAGGUGUUUGUAUUGAUGCUUGUUUGGCGAAGCUUAAAUUUUAACUUAACCUGGUCAAAUAAAUACGUUUAUCAA